ACGCGGCGGUUGCUGCGAGCGCCCAACUGCCCCGACUGUCGCGGUGAGGGCCCCAGGACAGAAGCAGACAGACAGGGCUCCUGCUGUCGAUUCCGAUCCAGCCAGAAUGCCUCCAACUCAGGCCGAAAGUGUUAUAAGGAGUAUUAUACGAGAAAUAGGACAAGAAUGUGCAGCCCAUGGAGAGAUUGUUUCUGAAACUCUGAUUGCUUUUAUGGUGAAAGCUGUUGUCUUGGACCCAAGUAAUGGCUUUAACAUGGAUAGAACCCUCAUGAAAAGUGAUGUGCAGAAUCUUGUUCAGCUUUGUAUGACUCGGCUAUUGGAUACUAAAAAUCCAUCCCUGGACACUAUUAAGAUGCAAGUCUACUUUGAUAUGAAUUAUACAAAUCGAGUGGAAUUUCUCGAAGAACAUCACCGGGUCCUAGAGUCUAGAUUAGGCUCUGUUACCAGAGAAAUUACAGAUAACAGAGCAUGUGCUAAAGAAGAAUUGGAAAGCCUCUACCGGAAGAUUAUCAGCUAUGUGUUACUCCGCUCUGGCCUUGGAUCCCCUACAGACAUCAAGACUGUCAGAGAGGUAACAGCUGCUCUACAGAGUGUUUUUCCUCAGGCUGAGCUUGGGACGUUUCUAACUCUUUCUAAGAAGGACAAAGAACGCCAGCUGAAAGAACUCACCAUGAUUGUUACUGGAAUUCGUUUAUUUAACAGAGAUUGUGGAAAAGGAGGAGAAGGCGUUGAUGAUUUGCCAGCUGUUCUCCAUGUAGCAAUCCCAGCCACCAUGCAGCAUAUUGAUUACCAGCUUGAGACUGCCCGGAGCCAGGUAUACCGCUACACAGCCAUCCUUGAGAAGGCAGCCAACGACCCACUCAUGAGGGCUGAACUUCAGCCAUAUAUGUUAAAAGAAGCGCUAUAUAAUAUACGACAAUAUGAGGUCUUCCUUCAGAUCAUUUUGUCAGAUAUAAUUACUGGUGCUCAAGAAGUGGAAAUGAUGACAAAGCAGUUAGCAGCCCAUCUGGAACAACUAAAAAUGACCAUAAAAUCAAAGACAGCGGUCCCAACAUCACAAGUCUUUCCUAUCUUCAUUGCACUUUCUACUCUGUGGACCAGCUUGCAAGACGAAACUAUUGUGGUUGGUGUCCUCAGUAAUUUAUUCACUCACAUUCAGCCAUUCUUGGGUGCUCACGAACUAUACUUUCCUGAGAGAGUGAUGCAAUGUCAUCUUAAUGGAGCGACUGUGAAAACUGAUGUGUGUAGAAUGAAAGAACACAUGGAAGAUAGAGUAAAUGUGGCAGAUUUCAGAAAACUAGAAUGGCUUUUCCCAGAAACAACAGCAAAUUUUGAUAAACUGUUAAUUCAAUAUCGGGGAUUUUGUGCUUACACAUUUGCUGCAACAGAUGGUCUUCUCCUUCCAGGAAAUCCAGCAAUUGGAAUUUUAAAAUAUAAAGAAAAAUAUUACACAUUCAAUAGUAAAGAUGCUGCAUAUUCAUUUGCAGAAAAUCCUGAACAUUAUAUUGAUAUAGUUAGAGAAAAGGCCAAAAAAAAUGCAGAGUUAAUUCAGCUAUUGGAACUUCAUCAACAGUUUGAAACACUUAUUCCAUAUUCUCAGAUGAAAUCCAAAUUUUGGGGACUGGUGUUCGAGGCAUACAUGUCAUUUUAUCCUUCUAUUUCUACUAAUUCCCUCCAUGACCUCUCUGUCAGAAAAACUAUGAGAGAUGCUGACAAACAUUAUAUAAAACCAAUUACAAAAUGUGAAAGUAGCACACAGACGGAUACACACAUACUGCCACCAACAAUUGUGAGAUCAUAUGAGUGGAAUGAAUGGGAAUUAAGAAGAAAAGCUAUAAAAUUGGCUAAUUUGCGCCAGAAAGUUACUCACUCAGUACAAACUGAUCUUAGUCACUUGAGAAGAGAAAAUUGUUCCCAAGUGUACCCUCCAAAGGACACUAGCACCCAGUCCAUGAGGGAAGACAGCACUGGGGUGCCCAGGCCUCAGAUUUACUUGGCUGGUCUUCGUGGAGGAAAGAGCAGAAUCACCGAUGAGGUCAAGGUGAACUUAACUAGAGAUGUGGAUGAAACCUAAUUACAGACAACAUUUUAAAAUAGAUGCUACUCAAUUAUGAACAAUAGCAAGUACUUAGAGGUAUAUUAACAUCUAUAUACAAAUAUAACAUCUAAUCUACAAAUUAAUUUUGUAGGGGUGGCACAUUCAUUGGUUGUGUGACUGUUUAUUGGGUUCCCAUAUUUUAUCAAACUGUUUUCUGUAACACAUUUUUCAUUCUGUUGAAAUUGAAAAAUAAAACUGUCCAUUUAUCUUUUA